CAGCAGGUGAAAUGGGGUUAGUACAAGCCUUUCGCCAAGAAGUAGACGUGUCCCACGUUUAACUCACGUCAACACACAUAGAAAUCGAUGGAGGUGGACACCGGCAGCAACAUGGAAGAAAAACCGGACGCGGGGAUCUCUCUGGACCCUGUCAUCGAGUCCUUGCGCCAUCAAUUGGAAAACCAGGAGCCGCUUUUUCUAAUCGGGGUUCUCGUCGCUUUGGCCGUCGUUAUCAUCACUUGUGUUUUCCUCAAAUACUUUCUGACCAGUAAAACUGUCCGGAGUGCGGUGCUGCUCGUCGGGCUGUGCGACGCUGGCAAGACGCUUCUCUUUAGCCGACUUCUGUCUGGGAAAUUUAAACGGACUCAGACCUCCAUUACAGACAGUAGUGGUCCCUAUAAAGCCAAAAACGACAAAAACACGACCUGGACUCUAAUUGACCUGCCAGGUCAUGACAGUCUGCGCCCUCAAUAUUUGGAGAAGUUCAAGUCAGCAGCUAGAGCCAUCGUGUUUGUAGUGGAUAGCGCCAUCUUCCAGAAGGAAGUGAGAGAUGUUGCAGAGUUCCUAUACGUGCUGCUGACUGAUGCGGUGCUCUGCAGGAAUGCCCCCACGCUUCUGGUGGCGUGCAACAAACAAGACAUCACCAUGGCAAAAUCAGCCAAACUGAUUCAACAGCAACUGGAAAAAGAACUGAACACACUGCGCGUUACUCGCUCAGCGGCACUCAGCUCUCAGGACGGCUCGGCAGGUGGAAGCGUCUACCUGGGAAAGAAAGGCAAAGACUUCGACUUCAGCCAGCUGCCCAUGAAAGUGGAAUUCCUCGAAUGCAGUGCCCACGGGGUCAAAGGAGAAGAAGCUGAUGCUGACAUCCAGAGCUUGGAGAACAGCCUAGCUAAACUUUAAAAAAUAAAUAAAACUCACCGGCAACCACCACCCACAUGAAAGCCAACAGUCUCAAAACACUUGAAAGGAAGACUUGAUACAUUCAGCGGAAUCAAUCAAGACUGUGAAAGUCCAAUUAGUGGACUGCGUGCUUUGCAGUGCUAAUUUAAUAGUGAAUGUCAACUUUCCAUCAUGCGCAUUGGAACAUUUUUUGGAAAUGCAUACAAAUUGUGGACAGCUUUAAAAAAUGUUUUAAAAAAAAUACUGUACUGAAUGGGAAGCUUUGUGCCUUUUUAUUCUGAUAAGUUACAUGUUUUGCUUUGUGUGGAAUUGUAGUGAAUACAUUUUAGCGCUCCAGACUGCGGCCGAAUCGUAACAUUUUGUACCUAAAAUUUGACAUAAUGUAAUCACAUUUUUCAUCUACUAGUGCGCAUUUAUACCCCGUUAUUAAUACCAACAAUGUACGAAAAGUGAAACCAAGUGGAAGUUUGCAUCGACUUCACAAGUCAAUUUACAUCGUGGUGUUCUACUUGUUCCUUCAAAUUCAGGGCUGGACCACAACACUCCGAUUAGAGAGUCUGGAGCACUAGAUUUGGAACAACAGGUCAUAAUUUAUUACUGUAAAAACAAUUUUCCUUAUUCAAAAUGCAAUAAAAACCACACUGAAUCCAAGUUUGUGUUUCACUUGGAGCCAAAACAAUGGUUGUAUGAAUCACAUUUUUUUUUUUUUUUUUUGCCUAAUGUCUGCCAUCGCAGCCCCUGUUCAU